AUGUCUGGAAAUAGUGGUAUACCAUUAGAUACUACAAAAGAAUAUGUAGAUACAACGACAUUAUUAAGAAAUAAACAAAAUUUAAAACAAUAUUCAUUUAAUAUUGGUAAUAGUGGUGGAUCACCCAAUUUAACAGAGAAAUAUAAUGAAAAUACUAAAUUAUUAAAUAAUAAUAAAAAUAAUAAUAAUGGAAAAUAUAAAUUAAGUUUUUCAGAGAAAUUUAGUUAUGGAAUUGGUGAAGGUGGUUUAUCAGUAUUUCAAAUGAUUAAAGGAUUCUUUUUAAAUUCUUUUCUUUUAAAUGUUGCACAAAUCGAUUCAAUGUUUACAGCAGUGAUUUUAUUUACAGCGAAAUUUGUUGAUGCAUUUAGUGAUGUAUUAGUUGGGAAUUUAUCAGACAAAACCAAGAGUCGAUGGGGCAGACGUAGAGUGUGGAUUUUAUUUGGUUCAUUACCAUUUGCAAUUUUAUAUUGCGGACUAUGGUGGGUGCCACCAAACCUAACAGAUGUUGAAAGAUUAAUAUAUUACCAAUUUGUAGUGAUUGGAUUGAGUAUAGCAUACACAUGUGUCGCCAUUCCAUACAGUGCGAUGAAUGCAGAGAUAACCGAUGACUAUGACGAAAGGACCACAUUGGCCGGAAUAAGAAUGAUAUCAUUGAUGAUUGGCGGCUUAACAUCCACAUUCACCCAUUCACUAAUUAUUAAAAUAUUCACAACGCAAACAGCCAAUGGCUCAGAGUAUAUAGACUACAGGAAAGGCUAUUUACUAUCUGGAGGCAUCUGGGGCGGCGUAAUGAUAAUACCCUUGUUUAUUACAUUCUUUGGAACUAGGAAAAUACCCAUUGAAUCACAAACUGAAUCGCAUAUACCAUUUUUUAAAGGACUUGGUGUGAUGUUUUCAAAUCGUGCAUUCGUCACAGUGACAUUGUUAUACUUUUUCUGCCAAAUUGCAGUACAAUUUGUUCAAAAUAAUUUACUACUAUAUUGCACAUAUGUCGCAGACGCAGAGAAAGAGUUCCCAUACAUUUUGGCGACUUUGCAAAUAUCGGUAUCUAUUUUCAUUUUCGUUUGGGGUAAAAUUUCAACAUACAUUGGUAAGAAGGUUACCUAUUAUAUUGGAGGUGUAUUUUUAUUAUUAAGUUUCCUGUCAUUGUUUUUCCUUCCAUAUGGUAGUAAAUAUCUGUUGUGGGGUGUGGCAGCUUUUGGUGGUAUCGGUGUUGCUGUCGCAUUCCUAAUACCAAUGUCAAUGUUACCAGAUGUUGUGGAAUUGGAUGAAUUGAAAACUGGUGAACGUCGUGAAGGUUUAUUCUAUAGUUUAUUUUUAUUCUUUCAAAAGUUGGGUCUUUCAGUUGGUUUGGCAGUUUCAAGUUUUGUAUUAGGUUUAGUUGGUUAUGAAGCACCAACUCAAAUUGAUAGUUCACAAGGUAUCUCUGCUGAAAUCAUUGAUAACAAUAUUGAAAAUGAUAAUGUUAUCUUUGCAUUACGUAUCCUAACUGGUCUUGCACCUGCUGUCAUUGUAUUAUUCAGUUUUGUAGCAAUCUUUUUCUAUCCAAUCUCAAAGCAAUCUCAUAAUGAAAUUCGUGAACUUUUAAAAAGAAAAAGAGAAGGUACUGUUACAAUUACUGUUGAUGAAAAAUAA